AUGACAUCAAUUAUAACCUCCGUCAAGGACCUCAUUGCCUCUGUAUUUGAGGUGAUAUUCUCUGUGGUUAAGAACACGCUGGAUACGGCGUAUCAGCUACUCAUGGCCUUUGUCGACUUCUUCGUCGGUAUUCCCAAGAUGCUGGAGCAUACGGUGAAGGGUAGCUUGGAAGCUGUGGGCGGAGUUGGGACAUUUAUUGCCAGUAACAUCGUCGUUAUAGCUAUCAUCGCUCUUGGCGGUUAUGGCUAUUUGGCAUAUCUACGUCGUGAUGGCCGCCCAGUACAGGCUGGAGUGAAGAAGUCGAAUUAG